AUGAGUCGCUCAAAAGUUUAUUUCGAUAUGGCUGCUGAUGGUCAACCAUUAGGUCGUGUCACUUUUACACUUUACAAUGACGUUGUUCCAAAAACAGCUGAAAAUUUUCGUGCACUUUGUACUGGUGAAAAGGGAUUCGGAUUUAAAAGUUCAUCAUUUCAUCGUGUCAUACCAGGAUUUAUGUGUCAAGGUGGAGAUUUUACAAAUCAUAAUGGUACUGGUGGCAAAAGUAUUUAUGGUGAAAAAUUUGCCGAUGAAAAUUUUCAGUUGAAACAUACAAAAGAAGGUUUAUUGUCAAUGGCUAAUGCUGGUAAAAAUACGAAUGGUAGUCAAUUUUUCAUUACAACUGCUGUUACAUCCUGGCUUGAUGGUAAACAUGUUGUCUUUGGUGAAGUUAGCGAAGGUUACGAUAUAAUUAAAAAAAUAGAGGGUUAUGGUUCACAAAGUGGUAAAACUUCAAAGAAAGUAACCAUAACAGAGUGUGGUCAACUUAGUUAA